AUGGAAAUCACAACUUGGAAUGGGAAAAUACUUCAAGGAGAGAAUGAAAAAGUGGUCGAAGUGGAAGAUUCCGAACAAGAAGUUAAGGCACAAGUUGAUGUGCUUGUUGUUGUUGAAGCUGAAAAAGUCCCAGAAGAGGUGAAAAUUCUACAAGUGAAUGGGGAAGAGGUUAAGGAAAAGGUGAAAGAGACACCAAAACCUCUAGCACUAAUUCCAAGACCUCCUCCUCAAUUUCCUCAAAUACUUGCUAGGAAGGUUGAUGAUAUCAAACUCGAGAAGUUCUAUGACAUUCUCAAGCAAUUAUCGGUGAAUAUUCCAUUUGUGGAAAUAUUUCAAGAGAUGUCGGGUUUUGCUAAGUAUUUGAAAGACUUGAUCACCAAAAAGAAUACAACUAAGAGUGAAGUGGUGAAUAUGACUCACAGGGUUAGUUCCAUCAUUGCAACAACCACCAUUCAAAAGAUAGAAGACCCGAGAGCUUUUACCAUUCCAUGCACUAUUGGGGUGCACACUUUUACAAGAGCUCUUUGUGAUAAUGGGGAUAGCAUCAAUUUAAUGCCUCUUGCUAUUUACAAGCAAGCGGGGUUAGUGGGAAAGUUCCUCCUCCCCGCCGACUUUGUGAUCCUUGAUUGUGCUGUUGACAAAGAAAUCCCUAUCAUUUUGGGGAGACCAUUUCUUGCUAUCGGAAGAGUACUUAUGGAUUCGGAACAAAAUGAGAUCAAGUUCCGAGUUAAUGACGAAGAGGUUACCUUUCAAGCGAGUAAGGGUAUGAAGUUGCCACAUGCAUAUGAAAGCAUCUCAGUCAUUGAUGUUAUUGAUGAGGUAGAAGACGCAAUCAAGAUGAAGAUGGAAGAACAAUGUCUUGGUAAGGCGUUGGCGGCUAUUUUAGUAAAUUUUGAUGGUGAAGAUAUAUGGAUGGGUACAUGGAAUCAAUGA